AUGUGGCAAGUGCCACGAACGGCCGGAGUUUGGAGAAUCGCAGCCAUUGAUGAAGCUGGAGGAUGGAAGGAUCGAACAACAGUUGAGGAUAUGGAUUUGGCUGUCCGAGCUAGUCUUAGAGGAUGGAAGUUUUUGUACCUCGGUUCCCUCAUGGUGAAAAACGAAUUGCCAAGCACAUUCAAGGCAUAUCGCUAUCAACAACAUCGUUGGUCAUGUGGACCUGCCAAUCUUUUCAGAAAAAUGUUUAUGGAGAUUGUAAAAAACAAGAAAGUGUCUUUAUGGAAGAAGGUUCAUGUAAUAUACAGUUUCUUCUUCGUCAGAAAGAUCGUAGCCCAUAUAGUCACAUUCGUGUUUUACUGUGUUGUAUUACCUGCAACCGUAUUAGUACCUGAAGUUGAGGUUCCGAAGUGGGGAGCAGUAUACAUACCUUCCAUCAUUACCUUACUCAAUGCAGUUGGGACUCCGAGGUCACUCCAUUUGCUGGUAUUCUGGAUCCUUUAUGAGAAUGUCACGUCCCUACAUCGGACUAAAGCUACCUUCAUUGGCUUGUUGGAGGCUGGGAGAGUGAAUGAAUGGGUUGUCACUGUGAAACUUGGGGAUGCUCACAAGUUAAAAUCAGCCGCUAAAGCUUUUAAGAAACCUCGACUAAGGAUCGGAGAGAGGCUCCAUUUGUUAGAGCUUGGUGCGGGCUCUUACCUCUUCUUUUGUGGGUGCUACGACAUGGCAUUCGGGAAAAACUACUAUUUCAUCUACCUCUUUGCUCAAGCAAUAGCCUUUUUCAUUGCCGGGUUUGGUUAUAUUGGGACAUUCAUUCCCCGGUCUUAG